GCGCUUUUUUGUGGUCUCUAUUUGUUUCUAAUUCUCAGUUAUCAAAUAUCAACAACAGACCUUGAACUCUCUUCUUUCAUUUUUGCUUCAAUCAAUAAUGGAAAUCUCUUCCCUUGCCCUCCAACUUUCAUCUCUACCGUCCUCCUCCUCCCUUCUUCUUAAGGUAAUCAAUCACUCUUCAACAACUCCGAUUUCAUCUUUAAUCUUAUAAACCCAUCUCCUGUUUUCUUCAAUUCAACUUCAUUUUGCCGUUGCAGACUCCUUCGUCAUCACCCACUACCACUACUAGAAGGAGUUUCUUCCUAUCAUCUCAACUUCCUAACCCAUUUCUCCAAAUUCUCGCCGGAAACCACUCUUUUCUCCACUUGAGCAUCCCACAAUCCUGCUCCCUCAGACUCCCAACAAAACCCGUUUCUGCAGAAGCUUGGGAUUUUGUUUUUUGAGUCUCUGAUUGCUCAACUGUCGGGUCCAUCGCCGAGCAAACCUGUUGAAGAAAUGGAAACUUCUGGCUUCAUUCUAGUUGCUGGAGCAACGGGUGGGGUUGGGAGAAGGGUGGUUGAUAUCCUGAGGAAAAAAGGCUUGCCAGUUCGAGCUUUAGUCAGAAAUGAAGAGAAAGCGAGGAAGAUGUUAGGCCCAGACAUUGGAUUGAUUGUUGGGGAUGUUACGAAGGGGAGCACUUUGGCACCUGAGAACUUUAAGGGAGUGAGGAAGGUAAUUAAUGCUAUCUCCGUCAUUGUUGGACCAAAGGAAGGAGACACUCCAGAAAGAGCAAAGUAUAGCCAAGGAAUCAAGUUCUUUGAACCUGAGAUCAAAGGCGAUUCCCCAGAAUUGGUGGAAUUUAUUGGAAUGCAGAAUUUGAUCAAUGCUGUGAAGAGUGGUGUUGGACUCCGAAAUGGGAAGCUACUCUUUGGAUUUGAAGGAAACAGUAUCAAAGAAAUUCCUUGGGGUGCCUUAGACGAUGUGGUAAUGGGUGGAGUAAGUGAAAGUUCAUUUCAAAUCGACAUGAACGGUGGUGAAGCUGGUGGACCAACUGGAGUUUUUAAAGGUGUUCUUUCAACUGCAAACAAUGGUGGCUUUACUAGUAUUCGGACAAGGAAUUUUUCUGUGCCAGAAGAUCUUUCUGCUUAUGAUGGAUUGGAGUUGCGUGUCAAAGGUGAUGGACGUCGGUAUAAACUGAUUGUCCGCACCAGCACAGACUGGGAUACUGUUGGUUAUACAGCCGGCUUUGACACUGCAAAAGGGGAAUGGCAGUCUGUUCGUGUGCCAUUUACCUCUCUGAGGCCAAUCUUUCGAGCUCGUACUGUUACAGAUGCCCCACCUUUUGACCCUACGAAUGUUGUUUCACUGCAGCUCAUGUUUAGCAAGUUUGAGUAUGAUGGGAAACUCAACCCAACUUUUGUUGAAGGUCCAUUUCAACUUCCACUGUCAAGUAUAAGAGCUUAUAUAAAAGAUCCUAUAACUCCCAGGUUUGUCCAUGUGAGUUCAGCUGGAGUUACAAGACCUGAGAGGCCUGGGCUUGAUCUCAGCAAACAACCUCCUGCUGUCCGAUUGAAUAAAGAAUUGGAUUUUAUUCUUACAUUCAAAUUGAAGGGAGAGGACUUAAUUCGGGAAAGUGGAAUUCCUUAUGCAAUAAUAAGACCUUGCGCGUUAACGGAGGAGCCUGCUGGUGCAGAUCUCAUUUUUGAUCAAGGAGAUAAUAUAACGGGUAAGGUAUCAAGGGAAGAAAUUGCUCGUAUUUGCAUUGCUGCUUUGGAAAGUCCAUAUGCAUGUGACAAAACAUUUGAGGUUAAAAGUGUGAUUCCAUUUAGUGAACCAUUCACUGUGGACCCUGAGAAUCCACCUCCAGAAAAAGACUACAAUAUUUAUUUCGAAAACCUGAAGGACGGCAUUACCGGGAAAGAACUCCUUGAGCAAACCCCUGCUCCAGUUUGAUCGUUGUCCACAGAAAAAUCUCCUUUCAGUUUGAAAUAUGUAUUAUAGUUCGAGGAAUCGAGCAUUCAUUUUUGGUACACCAAAUAUGGUAGGGGCUUUAGAACAAAAGGCUAAAUAUAAAAUCUUGUCUGUGACUUGUCUUUAACAUCUUUACAGGUUACUUUCUUUGUGUAUCCACAGAAACUGUCCACAGUGUUACAAGGUGGAGGUGCAUGGGAUUUUAUAUGCUGCACCUCAUCUGUAAAUCAGGUUGAUCAUGAUUUUGUUAAUUCUUGUGUCCCUUUGGUCUUCUACGAGUAAAUCUUGGAUGGAUUUUGUUUUGAUUUUUCAAUUGUAUAUGUUGUUCACACGUAUAUUUAAUUUAAUAGUUCUUUAGUUAUUGGAAGCAAACACUCUUAAGCGCAUAUAGAAGGAUGUUAGUAUUA